UUUCUCUAAAACAAAACACUAUGGAUAAGUAUGAAAUAAUUAAAAUGAUUGGGGAAGGAUCCUUUGGCAAAGUAUUCUUAGCCAAAGGCAAGGGUGAUAAUCAACAAUGUGUUAUCAAGGAGAUCAGUUUAACAAAGAUGGCAAGGAAAGAAAAAGAAUCGUCUCAGAAAGAAGUCAGUCUUCUGGCCAGGAUGAAGCACCCUAAUAUAGUAGCUUUCUACAGUUCCCUUCAAGAAAAAAAUAAGUUAUAUAUUAUUAUGGAAUAUUGUGACGGAGGUGACCUAAUGAAGAGGAUAAAUAUGCAACGUGGAGUGCUGUUUGAUGAGGACAAGAUCCUGGGCUGGUUUGUGCAAAUCUCCUUAGGCCUGAAGCAUAUACAUGACAGGAAGAUUCUGCACAGAGAUGUAAAAGCACAGAACAUUUUCCUCAGCAAUAGUGGAAUGACUGCAAAACUUGGAGACUUUGGGAUUGCAAGAAUGUUGACCAAUACGAUGGAAUUUGCAUGUACUUGCGUAGGAACACCAUAUUAUUUGUCACCUGAAAUCUGUGAGAACAGGCCGUAUAACAAUAAAACGGAUAUAUGGUCUCUUGGCUGUGUGUUGUAUGAGCUCUGUACUUUAAAGCACCCUUUUGAAGGCAACAAUUUCCCCCAACUUGUGCUGAAGAUCUGCAGGGGCCAUUUUAUGCCAGUAUCUAUGAAGUAUUCAUAUGACCUAAAAGCAUUAAUAUCGCAGUUGUUUAAAACCUCUCCAAGAGAUCGCCCUUCUAUCAACUCCAUUUUGAGAAAGCCCUUUUUGGAGAAGCAAAUAAAGAAAUACCUGCCCCCCGAGGUCAUGGAAGAAGAAUUCAGCCACACUGUUAUUCAUGGCAAAAGACCACCAGCGUCACUAUCUUCAGCUCCUAAAGUUCAGAAAGCAAGAAUCCAUGGUCAUCGUUCUCCAAAAAUCAAGAUGGAGAUGCUUCCCAGAAAACGAGAAUUAUUGUAUAAAAAUGAAUGGAACUCUCCUGCAGGAGUCCAGGAUCCUAUUAGCCAGCCCUGGGGUCCUAGGUUCAAGAUCUGUGGGAAAGCAGAAGCUGCCAGAAUAUAUGGACACUAUGACCAUUAUUAUGUGAAACUUGCGAACUUGCAGAAGCGACCUUUGGUGCAGGAGGAUGGUCCUCUUCUUGGCCAAAGACUGGAAGAGUAUUAUAAGAAGAAAGGACAAGAACCACCAGCACCUCCACCUCAUUGGCCUGCAGAAUACCUUCAGAGACGAUUCAAUGCCCAGCAGUACAAGUUAAAAGUAGAGAAGCAACUUGGGCUGCGGCCAUCUUCUGCUGAUCCCCAUUAUGGUCAGACGCAGAAUCAGGAGAUGAAGGAAGAGCAGCUGAAAGCCUAUCAGAAAGCUCUUGCUCAAAAAAAUGAAAUGAAAGAACAGGAAUACUUGGAACAGCUGCAGAAAAUUCGUCAACAGUACCACAGUGAAGUAAAUGAAAAUCGACUAAAAGCAGAAGCACUAGAGGAGAAUAAAAAUAUAAAGGACAAAACCUUCCUUGUGAAACAGAAGACUGAAGAUCAAUCUCCUCACAAUGAUAAUAUCCCUGGAGGAAAAGAUGAAAUAGUCCAGGAUAUUGAGCAAAACUUGAAACAAAUUGGACUCCAUAACUGGAAGGAGAGAAACAUCUUGGAAGUAAAACCCAAAGCCAAGGGAGGAGUAAAGUUUCACAUUGAUCUGAAAGCUGGUGUUCCAGAUGUGAACAACUAUCAGGAAGAGAAAGAGGACCAUGAUAAACUUAAUGAAACCUUGACUUUUGAAGAUGGAGAAAAGCUUAAGAAAAAACUGACUAACAUCUAUGAUGAUUACAUAGACAAAGCACUGGUGGAAUUACGCUGCUGGGAAACAGAAGAUGACAAUGAAGAUGAUGUCACACUAAAUAGAAAACAGUGGCAAGCUGCAGCCCCACAGACUCUCCUGAAUCUUCUAGAGAAUGCAGAUAUCACCUCUGCGUGCCCGACCAUGGACGACGAAGUGGGCCAGGUAAUCAUGAUGCCUUCAGAAUUCCCUGAAAAUAGGAAAAAAUGGAGCCCAGAAGCACCUGGAACACUAAUGAACAUGUUAGCAGCAGCAGAAUGCUCCAGUGACACUUUGUGCCAAGCCGAAGAGCUGAAAGAGCCAGUAACCCCAUUGACUCCAAAACCAGAUGAAGCUGAUUCAGAAGUAGGUUCUGCUAUUGAAGUAGAUGAAGACAGACUUGACCCAAGAUCUGAUGACGACGACACAAACUUUGAAGAAUCUGAAGAUGAAUUGAGGGAUGAGCUGGUAGAAUCCCUGGAAAAAGUGGUAACCUCUCUAGAAGAGGAGAUUUUAAAUGCUCCAGUUGAAACAGCAGACACAGAGCAACUGGAAAAAAAACAUGUAACUAAUAGUAAACCCAAUGAAAGUUUGGAAGACAGUAAUAACAUGACUAGAGACAAACAGGAAGGAGCAAUCAGUUAA